AGUAGAAGUUUAAAGUAUCAAGUUUUCCGUUUUCAUAUAAAUUAUAUCGUUUAGGGCUCAUUUCCCAAAAAUUUAUAAAUUUAGGGUGGACUUUGCCGAAACAACAGUUUUCUGAUAAGCCGAGCUUUAUAAAUAGCCCCGAGUCCGGCUAGCUGGGUUGUCUUGUGGAUGCAGAGCAGAGCACAGAUAAUGGAUGCGUAUUUAUUUGUCGGGCUGCUUUUAGCGUUCGUCUGGUCGAGCAGUGCUCAAUCUCUGCGCACCAAGGAGCAUUGCGAAGGUCCGUCAAUUCCCCUUAAUCUAACUGCUGUAUCGGGUUAUUGGUACGAGUUUUCGCGCUUGCCAAAAGGGAUGGAUAUUAAAUGCUUGAGUGUCCUGGUGCCACCAACUGCGGACACUGAACUGAAACUGAUAUUGAAAUACAAAAUUACCGAAGAUGGUAAAGAUCGUGCUAUUAAGGAGACGGUUUCUUUUCCCUGGGAUGAGGCAACGAAAAACAGCAUUUUCGUGAUGAAAUAUGGAAGCGCAUCAGUCACCUUUAAAGUGUUGGCUCUGUUCCCCACAGAAGUGGUAUUUAUUUGCUCCUCCCAGCCAGCCAUUAAGAUCUUGACACGUGACAACGAUCCCAAACAAGCUGAUUUAAAUGAAUUUAAAACCAACUUUGCUUCGAUGCUCGGCAAUGUUGAAAUGUUUUAUCCAGAUAUGACUCCGAAACUUUGCAAUGCUGCAGUGCGUCCGUCCACAGAAACUGCUGCAAUACUCGCCAUAUUGACUCUCCUGUCGUAUCUGUUUCAAAGGAAUUGUUGUUUAUUGUCUAUUAUAUAUUUUUACUUUUAUACCGAUUAAGAAGGUCAGCCCAUUUAUAUAAAUAAUGCCGAAAAAAAAUUUAUACGCAAAAUAAAAUAUUAACACUA